ACCACCGUCACCAUUCUCCAAUUACCAUCACCAUUCUCUGCUCACCGUCAACUUCCAUCACCAGUCUCACUCCUCUACACCAUUCUCUUCUGCAUUACACAACCUCUUAAGCAGCAGAUCAUCGUCUCUACCUCACGACAGCCACGCAUCAUCUUUGACAGCCCAUAGGUCUUUCCUUACUUCUCGCAAUCGCCAGCCUCCUUAUUUUCCUGUCAUCUCUGCUACUGGGGUCUCUACUUUUGGGAAGGUUACUUUUCAAUCUGAUUCUUUCUCCUUCUAGGUAUACCCAAAACAGUGGUUUUUAGAAAAUGCAGUGAUCGAGAUGAACGGAGCCUGAUCCCGUGGGUGGGAUCCCUCCUUUUAGAUCUGGAUUUAUCUUUCUCCAGAAAGUUCCGCCAUGUUUGUUUUCUUUUGAUAUUUUUCUGUGCGUGUUUGAUAUUCUAUAGUUAAAUUGUAUAAAAUUUGAUGGAAAAUGAAUGAUAAUCAAGUUGGCAAGCUUGCCAACUAAGUGGCAUAGCUCAAAAAGAGGGAAAAAUCUCUGACAUAAUGAGGAAAGCCAAACUUCAAGUAGCAAAUGUUGCAAAGGAUGCUAAGAAAGCUAAGGAAGAGAUAGACAAAGCCUUAAGCAACCUAGGUAGCGUGAAAGCAAAGUUUGCCAAGCUAGAAUCAUUGAAGAUUAGCCAAUUACUAAAAGGGCAAAGUUUGGCUCCGCCAUUCAAGAUUGUUGUCAAUGUGAAGUGGAGCUUGCACAAAGAGAAUAUGCCCUUAUUCCCUUUUAUCCUGCAUGGUGAUGAUGAGGAGCAUGACCUCGCUAAAGGCUAUGUUGAUUGGGUGGUUGAAAUGCUAAAUCUAGAGAUUGGAACCUCUUCUUCUCUACCUUCUCAUCCACUUGUGCCAACAAUAGUUGCUCCUACUGAAACAUUACCCAGCAAUGCCCCAACUAUCCUUGUGCCUAUAGUCAUCCUUAAAGAUAAUCUUGAAGACAAGGUAACAAUUGUAGAUGAAUAGAGAGUGUAAUAAUGCUCAAUUUUUGUU